AUGGAUGUCUUCAAACCCGCUUUGGACAUUAGUUUGAGUCCCAAGGCGUGCGUGUCGUCGUCGUCAGAAGCGGAGGCAGAUGUUUUCCGCUGGCCGGUGCCCGGUGAUGGCACCAGCGUCGCGCCGGACGCGGCACCCGCUGCGCCGGGCUUCUGGACGGCCGUGUUCGACUAUGAAGCGACCGCGGAGGACGAGCUCAGCCUGCGGAGGGGAGACCUGGUGGAGGUGCUGUCCAAGGACUCCCUGGUGUCCGGAGACGAGGGCUGGUGGACCGGCAUGAUAGCUGACCGGGUCGGCAUUUUCCCAUCCAAUUAUGUGAGCAACGGGAACGGCAUCCCGGAGGAAAGACGCGACACGUCGGAGCAGCAGUACUCUGUGCCUCCUCUGCACCUCCUGGAGAUUGAUUUCUCAGAGCUGACCCUGGAGGAAAUCAUCGGGGUUGGCGGUUUUGGGAAAGUCUACCGUGCAGUGUGGCGAGGCUCGGAGGUGGCAGUGAAGGCAGCGCGGCGGGACCCGGACGAGGACCCGGAGCAGACUCUGGAGAGCGUGCGUCAGGAGGCCAAGCUCUUCGCCAUGCUCAACCAUCCCAACAUCAUGGGUCUGCUGGGGGUGUGUCUGCUGGAGCCCAACCUGUGUCUGGUCAUGGAGUACGCCCGGGGAGGCCCCCUAAACCGGGCCCUCGCUGGGAAACGCAUCCCUCCAUGCACGCUGGUGGACUGGGCCGUGCAGAUCGCCCGGGGCAUUCUGUACCUCCACAGCCAGGCCAUCGUCCCCAUCAUCCACCGGGACCUCAAGUCCAGCAACAUCCUGAUCCUUGAGAGGGUUGAGAUGGAAGACUUCAACAACAAGACCCUGAAGAUCACAGACUUUGGGCUGGCUCGAGAGUGGCACCGCACCACCAAGAUGAGCGCCGCCGGCACCUACGCCUGGAUGGCUCCCGAAGUCAUCCGCUCAUCCACGUUCUCCAAGGGGAGCGACGUUUGGAGUUUUGGCGUGCUGUUGUGGGAGCUGCUGACAGGAGAAGUUCCCUUUCGUGGUAUCGAUAGUCUCGCAGUGGCUUAUGGCGUCGCAAUGAACAAGCUGGCUUUGCCCAUUCCCUGUACCUGUCCGGAGCCCUUUGCACGUCUUAUGGAAGAAUGCUGGAGCUCAGACCCUCACUCCCGACCACAGUUCACAAUAAUUCUUGACCAGCUGACGGCCAUCGAGGAGUCCGGCUUUUUUGAGAUGCCAGAAGAGUCCUUCCACUCUAUGCAGGAUGACUGGAAACUGGAGAUCCAGGAGAUGUUUGAUCAACUGAGGACCAAGGAGAAGGAGCUGCGAUCGUGGGAGGAGGAGCUGACCCAAGCCGCGCUGCAGCAGAAAUGCCAGGAGGAGGCGUUGAGGAGGCGCGAGCAGGAACUAGCUGAGCGGGAAAUCCACAUCCUGGAGCGGGAGCUCAACAUCAUCAUUCACCAGCUCUACCAGGAGAAGCCCCACGUGGAGAGCAGGCAGGGCAAGUUCCGCCGCAACCGCCUUAAACUCAAGGAUGGGAACAGGAUCAGCUUACCCUCAGACUUUCAGCAUAAAAUCACAGUGCAGGCGUCUCCCUCACACGAUCGGCGGAGGAGUUUGCUGAGCAGCGGCUCCAGUCCACCCAGCAGUCCACCGAUGCUGUCCCGCCUCAGAGCCAUCCAACUCACUCCACGGGAGGGAUAUACAGCCUGGGGUCGCAGCCAGCAGGAUGAAGAGGAAAGUGAGAGGAAGGGCUCCAGGAAAAAGGGCAGAACCCGUGGGUGUGGUCCGUACAGGGAGCACAGCGCUGAUGCAAGUGUGAAGCCUCCCCAUGAAGGCAGCAGGCAGCGGUCCUGCAGCGCCCCAAAUCUUCGCAGAUCCCCCAGACACAGUCCAGCAGUGCCUGGAGUGCCAAGCCUUGUGGAGAUGGAAAAUGAAGACUGCUGCUUCACUACUGAGCCCGGAGCAGCUCCUGGUCAGUCCUACCUCUGCAUCCCCUUCCAGAAGGAAGGCCACCCGGCUGCUGCUGCUGACGGUGAUGGAGAUGAGUACUGCCCCAGCGUCCAGGUUCCACCGCCAGGAACACCGCCAUGCAAGAAGAGUCCCGGUGGGGGCCGGCGGUCUGAGCUGGUCCUGCUGGGCUGCGGAGCUCUGCUGGCAGCCGUCGGACUGGGCUGCAACCUGCUGACCAUCGCCCAGCCGGAGGAGAGCAUCAAGUCACGGUGGGAUGGUUUCUUCCACAGACCAGGGGGCCAGAGGCGGAGCACCAGCCCCCAGACUCGCAGACUGUUCCGGCGGGAGAGCCCGCUGAAACCCUCGGCGCCCUCGCUGCCCGAGCGAGCCUUGCCCUCCUCUUACACCCUGCUGUCCUUAUCAUCGGUGUCCGACUGCAACUCCACCCGCUCACUGCUGCGCUUGGACAGCGAGGAGCUGCUGGUCUGCCGCCCCGUCUCGCCGCUCAAACAGCAUCAGGCCGUCCGAACCCCGAUCAACCCGCUGGUCAACACCCACCUGGAGAGCUUCAAGCGUAACCCCCGCCAGUCCCUCACACCCACGCAUGUACCAUCGGCCCCGAGCGCCUCACGAAGCCUGCGUCGAACGCCAUCAGACGGUGCCAUCAAGAAGAGCUGCCCUUCUAAUAACCUGGAACCAUUGAUAGAAAGAGCAGCAUUAGAGAACGCAGGAGGCUUCAGAGGUUUAAAAGAAGACUUUCCAGAGGUCCCCCGGCUCCCCGAUCCCAAUCUUGUGUUCCCUCCGACCCCCCGUCGUCGCUGUGCUCCCGAACGCCCCAAAACCCUUGACUUUGUGGCCCGGCCUCGGCCAUCACCGCGGGCGCACUGCGAAAGGUUUUGGGCUGACGCGAGGCCCAGGGGAAACGGACAGAACCUGGGUAACGGGGAAUCCCCCGCCCACACCUCCAGCACAGAGACUCCUCCGACGGUGGAGUUCGGUAGGGACCCGGCGGUCCUGCCUACCCCCAUGGAGGCCCCGACGCCAUAUUCCCCAAGAAAGAAGGAAAACCUGUUGGAUCGGCUGGAUGAGGGACAGUGCCGGGAUGGAACCGUACCACUCUGCAAACCGGAGAUCAGCAUUCCCAAAGAGUCCCCUUACCGCUACAGACCUGGAUUCUGGUCCUAA